AUGAAAUGGGGCGAUGUUCCCAGCGAUGGCACGUCCAUGGAGCAUACAGAGUACAGUUGGGGGCCCAUAAAGGUCAAGCGGAGCAUAUUAUCACGUUCUCUCUGCCCUGUCAAUGCGGGGAGGGGGGCUUUGGGCGCCUGCGCUUCGGACGCACCACCAAGUCGGGGGGGGGGCUCAUCUCGCAUCUCUCGCUCGGGUCCCUCUCAGGGGCAGCGCGUUUCUGACUGGUGGCUGGCCAUGUUGGGACUAGUAAAGUAG